AAUGCGAUUUCCAACACUGGCGGAUCUGACUACACUUGUUUUCUCUUAAGAGUUUUUCACAGAUUUUCCGGCUUUUCUUGUACAAAUUAAGUUAUUUUUAACAGGAUUACAGUUUUCCCUACGGAGUAGAAACUUCCCGUUGGUCGAGAGAGGCCAGUGCACUUUUCGAGGCGUUAUGGUACAUCGCUCGGGGGAAGCGCUGGGCACACUCAUACGCCUUCUUAAGGCCGAUUUCCGGAUUUGAUGGCCAUGGAUUUGGUGGACAUAGACCAGGUUCUGGACAAUCUGGAAUUACGCAUCGCUGCCGACGAGCAAUUGAGCAGGAAUGCAGCUGCAGCGGCGAUAUCCGGAGCUGCAGGUCGUCAUUUGGGCGAUGGAGCAAGUGCAGGUGCACCAGGAGGACCGCCUGCCGCAGUGGCAGCAGCAGGAACAGGAGGAGGAUCAGGAAAACCACAAGGAUUAUCAGGAUCAGCAGGAGACGCAGGAGUACAACCCAUUCCCGUGGCCAACCCACAAGUUCACCCAGCAGGAUCAAUAAAUUCAGGACCUCCUGCAGCUCCCACAUCUGCCAAGAGCUUUGUGGGCGUCUCGCAGGUCUUCAACAGCCUGGACGAUUAUCGAAACAAUGUGAAAUCGCUGGAGGUGGACGCCCAGCUGCCCAGCUACGAUUGGCAAACGGAGCCGGAGCACGAGGAUGACCUGAACAAGUUCAGCGAGGAGCCACGCAAUAAGAUCCUUGGCGAAACCACUGCCUCCUCUUCCGAAUCGCUGACCACUUCGUCCUGCUCCACCUUCUCCUCGGGCCCGUCGCCCGUCAGCAAUGGCAGUCACUCCGAGGAGCUUACAACGCCGCCGGAGAGCGAUAAGCAAAGUGCUUUGCAGGUUCUACCACCAAACGAAGUCAAGGAGGAAGUCAAAGAGGAGGAUAACCACAAAGAACAGGUGACUGAGCAUCAGCAGCAGGAGAUUCAGGAGCAGGAGCUGGCCACGCCAAAUAUGGAGGACCUGGCCGUGGGUCUAUCAUCCAUUUCAAUCACUGCAUCCGUCACAGAAUCCCAGUCCAUGCUGCCUGGCGAGGUUACCGCCUCCUCUGUGUUGGGUCAAGUGCUGCAGGAGCUCUCUGAAGAGUCGUCGUCCACCAGAGAACCCGAAACGGAGAUGACCAAUGGCAUAGAAGCGCCUGCUCCCAUGGCAGCCACCGCUGUCCCUAAGUUACCUCCGCCGCAAAGGAAGGAGCAGGAGCUGCCGCUCCAGCAACAUCAACCAGACCUCGAUGACGACGAUGAAGACCCACAGCAACAGCCAAGGCGCAGCCAACCGCUGACCUUCUGCUCCACCAUGGACGAGAUCUCUGACACCGAGUUGGACAGCAUGCUGCAGGAAAUGGAUGCGGAUGAUAACCAGGAUGGAGGCGAUCAGGAAAUGCCCGAGGAUGAAGAGAAAUCUGCAACAGCUUCGCCAGUAACCGAGGAAGAGUCGGUGCGCAUUCUGUCCGACGAACAGGAGACCACCUCCAACGAUCAGAUGAACGUGGACAACUUUUCGCAGGCCUCCACGGUGGAAUUUGCCGAUCUAAAGCCGCAGGAAGCCACACCAGUGACAGCAAUGGGCGAGGAUAUAGCCUCCAGCUUCGACAGCACCGAAUCCGACUCUCUUUCGGGACGAAAACUCGACGAAGAGGAGGAACAGGAGGUGGACAAAGAGCAGGAGGAUGCCAGUCUGGCUACCGAUGCCCUGGAAACCCAAGAGCAGCGUCCGCAGCGACCUCAAACCCUCGACUUAAAUGGUUGCCAGGCAGGAAGCCUGACGCCCUCACAGGAGGAGACACCCGAUAAUCAGGAGGAUCGUCAGCUGGCGGAGGGAGCUGAGGGUGCAGGAGCUGUGCCUGAAGCAGGCAUAGUACCCGGCGAGGAUGACGAGGAGAGUCCCAUUUACGAGGCCGUGGGCUAUAGUGAUCCACAUGCCAACCUGGGCAAGGUGCCGCCCAUUUGGGUGCCAGACAAUAUGGCCGGCCAGUGCAUGCAGUGCCAGCAAAAGUUCACCAUGAUCAAGCGACGUCACCAUUGCCGAGCCUGCGGCAAGGUUCUGUGCUCCGUCUGCUGUUCGCAGCGAUUCCAUCUGGAGUUUGCUAACGAGCCGGAGUCUCGCGUUUGCGUCCAGUGCUACAUGAUUCUCUCCGAGCGCCAGGCCACUGGAUCAAGUUCGGGUAUAGCCCCAGGCUCUGCACUGCCGCCCACGCCCAUGCGCUCGCCGAAUCCCAAUAAUCCCAUGGAAUACUGCUCCACAAUACCGCCCCAUCGUCAGGUGGCCUCGACACCCGGUGCUCCGCCGCCCAGCGUAAUUGUGCCCGUGGGUGUGCUGAAAAAGACCGAUGGCAGUUCCUCCAAUUCAUCCAGUUCGGAUGGGAAGAAGGGUACCCGCAAGCGGAAGAGCGUCAUGUUCAGCGAUGGCAUAGCACCGGGCAGCGAACUCGCCAGCACCAUGGAGCAGCAGUGGGGCGAGGCCAAACAGGCGAGACGAGGUCUCUCCAGAAGCAACUCGGGUGCAGGAUCUAAUCCAAAGCCACCCACGCCGGCUACAGAGGAGCCACCAACACGCAGUAUUGACACCAGCUCAACCUUGGGCAUGGUGGCGCAACUAUUCCGCGGUUCCAUACCGCCAAGUGCAGCAGCGGCCACACUGGCGGCCACCGAAACCUCAAGUGUUAACCGCUCUUCAAACCAAGCUCAGACCUCGCCGCGUCGCAAAGCGGAACCUGCACGCAAUCGUAAAUUGCCACCCAAUGCGGAUUCUCAAGGUUGUUACCUGCCCGCCGAGGAGAAUGGCCUGCCACCUAUUUGUCUAAGCAAAGAGGGUGGCGAGGUGGACUACAAGGUGGUGCGAAAUGAUGCCUCACUCCUGGAGAGAUUGCAAAACGAAACGCUCAAGUUUAUUGUAAAGAACAACUUUUUUGUGCUGGUCAAGGUUGUGAACAUGAGCUGCUGCAUGAAUCGCUGGGUGUUGAACUUCACCACCUCAGGACUGCAUCACAUGGGCAGCGAUGAGCUGAUCAUUCUGCUGGAAAUCAACCCUCCUAAGCAGGGGGAAACUUCUACUAGCGAGGUGGCGGCUCUACCCAAGGACAUAUUCCAGCAUCUGUACGAGAUCUAUGUGGAGGCGGAGCAUGCCCGUUCCAGCACCCAUGAGCUGGCCUUUACCAGUCCGCGUAAUGCCAACUUUUUGGGUUCCCGCGAGCAUGGCGGCUUCAUCUUUAUCCGGCCCACGUACCAGUGCCUGCAGGGCGUUAUAGUUCCCGAAAAUCCAUAUCUUGUGGGAGUGCUCAUCCACAGGCACGAAGUUCCCUGGGCCAAGGUUCUGCCUUUGCGUUUAAUCCUUCGCUUGGGCGCCCAAUACCGAUACUAUCCCUGUCCCUUGAUCUCGGUACGUGGCCGGGAGUCGGUGUAUGGCGAGAUAGCUCAAACCAUUAUCAAUUUCCUGGUGGAUUUCCGUAACUAUUCCUACUCUCUGCCAGCUAUUCGUGGUCUGUAUAUCCACAUGGAGGAUCGACAGACCACGGUGAUUAUACCCAAGUAUCGACAACAGGAUGUGAUCAAGGCGAUCAAUGUUGCCAGUGAUCAUAUUUUGGCAUUUGCUGGUAACUUUUCCAAGGUGGCCGAUGGCCAUUUGGUGUGCAUGCAAAACAUCAACGACGAUCGUUCCGAGAUGUACUCGUACUCCACGCAGGCAAUUAAUAUCCAGGGUCAACCUAGGAAGGUCACAGGAGCCAGUUUCUUUGUGCUAAAUGAAUCAUUAAAGAGCACCAGCGGAUUGUCGGGCAAGUGUAGCAUUGUGGAGGAUGGCCUGAUGGUGCAAAUAAUGGCUGCCAAAAUGGAGGAAGUGCGUCAGGCGUUGCGCAAUCAAACGGAUAUUGAUAUAGUGUGCGGGCCCAUUGAAGCCACCGAGGAUCAGAGUGAGAUUGUGAGCAUCAAGUGGGUGGACAACAAUCGGGACAUAAAUGUGGGGGUAAAGUCACCCAUUGAUGACCAGGCCAUGGAUGGCAUCUCCAAUAUGCGCGUCCAUGCCAGCUUUAACUAUUCCAAUGCCAACUAUGCAAUCCGGCUGAGUGAUAUAUACGUGGUCAAGUGCGAAGAGUGGUAUGCCACCAAUGGUGGCAACUAUGCAGACAUUACCCGAAUUGCAGAGCAACUGGCACGCAGCGUUUCCAUGGCUUUGCUGCCUUUUCUUGAUCUGCUGGCAGCAGCUGGCAUCAAUAAGCUAGGCCUAAGAGCCAGUCUUGAUCAGGAGAAUGUGGGCUAUGAGGCCGGUGCCAGGGGCUCAAAGCUGCCGCCGCUGUAUAUGAAUGCCCUGGAUAACCAUCUGGUGGCCACUCUCCAUGGCGAAUCAUCAAACAUUCAGGAUCCCAUCACUCUCGAGCUGGUCUUUUACAUACUGAAUGCUUGAUUUUAGUCCCCCACGUAGCGCAAUUCUCCUCUUAAAACGAACAAAAAAAAAAGGAAAGCUUACAAUAAUUAUACAAGAGAGAAGCCGACGGAUGGAUCUAUAGUUGUAUUGUUGGAUCGCUCAGUUAACUGUGUAUAUAUUUAAGUAGCUUAUAUCGAUUGGUUCUUUUUGUCUCUCACAAUAAUCCCUCCCUCUAUAUAUGUGUUACCCCUUGGAAUUUUAUUCGUUUUGAACUUUCAUUGAAAGUAAAAAGUAACUAAGAAAAAAAACCUAAAUAUAUAUAUAUAUAAAUUUGUAUGUGAUGUUCUUUAAUAUGCUUUACACCAUUUACCAUUCGAGUAUAUAGAGAUCUAUAUAAUGCUAUCUAUAUACAAUGUAUGAAUAACAAACUAUAUAAAAAA